AUGCGCUUCCCUUCAAGUCGUCCACCGGUAAUUAAUAUUACCAAUGGCACUUUUUAUCGCCAUCAUCCAGGGGCGAGCUCCAUAAACCCGAAUCCCGCCCUAUUUAGAAACUUGAAUUUCACACUCCCAUCUGCUACGGAGCCACCGACGCAUUGGUAUGUAGUUGGUCCGUCCCUCAGUGGGAAAACAACUUUUCUAGAACUCCUUAAAGGAAGCCACCUCUGCUUUCCCCCAACUGCACGGAGCUAUCCUUAUUUAUCUACGGACGCAGUACCUCACAGGUUGAGAGUACCGCACAAAGCUAUUCGAUAUGUAGGAUUCAAUAACGAUGGCUUCAACUCCAGCGUCACCACCUCAGCAUAUUUAUCCGCCCGAUACGAAUCUAAGCGUGAGAUUACCGAUUUCUCACUUCGAGAUUUCUUGCUGGGUAACACCGAGCUUAACCCGUUGAAAGCAUCGUCGGAAGAUGAGCUAGACCCUGCUUUACUAGAUCGGGUAGUAAGAGAUCUGAAGCUAUCUCAGCUGCUAGAUCUACCCGUCGCAUUUCUGAGCAAUGGCCAAGGACGGAGAGCUCGAAUCGCCAGGGCUCUUCUCACCGCACCAGAAGUCUUGUUACUCGACGAGCCGUUUAUGGGUCUGGACCCGCCUACAGUGGCCGGGCUAAGUCCGCUUUUGCACCAGUUGGCAAGCAAGGCUAGCCCGAGGUUAGUAUUAAGUGCUAGACCGCAAGAUCCCAUUCCCGAUUGGAUCACCCACCUGGUCUACUUGAGGGGCGAUUGCCAGGUAGGAGCGAUAGGUGAGAAGGAAACGGUGUUAGAAGAAUUGAGGGGUUAUGUUCGACGCGUAUGGAACGGAUCCUCGAAAGAAGACGAAAAUCUGCCGGUACAUAGUCUCGUGCAAACGGGUAGAAUACUAACUGCCAAGGGGAUACAAGGAGAACCCUUGAUGGGCGAAGAUGCUUCGAAAGGUGAGAAGUCAACAAUUGCUGGAGAUACGGACGUACCAAGGAAUAUUGGAGAGCCCGUUGUGGAGAUGAAUGGCUGUAAGGUCCAAUACCGCGGUAAAGUCGCCCUUGGAAACUGGAAGCAACAAAUAGACGGUGAAGAGCGAGAAGGGCUUCUAUGGACUGUCCGAAGGGGAGAGCGGUGGGGUGUAUUUGGGCCCAACGGUUCAGGCAAAACAACAAUUGUUUCCCUUAUAUGUUCUGACCAUCCUCAGACUUAUUCACUUCCUAUAAAGCUCUUUGGUAGAAGCAGAUUACCAGAGCCCGGAUCUGGCGAAUUGCCCUUAACUUUCUGGGAUAUUCAAUCCCGAAUUGGACAUUCGAGCCCUGAAAUUCACCAACACAUACCCCGAAACCUCACGGUUAGACAGGUAAUAGAAAAUGCGUGGGCGGACACGUUUCGCUCGAAAGCUAAACUCGACAGCCAAUCCAACGAAAAGGUCGAAGCUUGCUUACGAUGGUUUGAAGCUGAGUUGAACCCUGCUUUUGUAAGGCAUCCGGAGUCGACCUCGAAUGAUGCGCAGAAGGCUACCAAUUUGCAGUGGGCCGACCGCUACAUGUUUGGAGAAUUAUCCUUCUCGGCACAGCGAGUCGCGCUCUUCCUACGAGCCAUUAUUAAGAACCCAGACAUCGUCGUCUUAGAUGAGGCGUGUAGCGGUAUGGACGACGGCGUCCGGAAUCGCUGCCUACUCUUCCUCGAGCACGGCGAGGAAAAGACGUAUUCGAAACUCGAAGAUGGCUCGGAAAUUGUAGUCCCGAGCGAAGCAUCGAAGUCAGAUACUGUCAAAGUCCGGGGUCUCAACAACAACCAGGCUCUAAUAUGCAUUAGUCAUGUCAGAGAGGAAAUACCAGACUGCAUCAGGGAGUGGAUAUGUCUGCCUGAAGCUAAUUCAGGACAACCUGCCAGAUUCGGUAUCUCCAAGGCACCUCUCGGACGCGACGAAAACAGCUGGAGACAGAUAUGGGGCAUGUGA